AUGAACGCACAGGAACUCAAGAAUUUCCUUGCGGAUUCUCCGCCAAGCACCGUCAACCUCGAGAUCAAGAAGCACUUCGAGGCUCUGUCAGAUCAGCAGCGACGUUAUGCACACUACAUCAGCAGGUCUGCCUUCACUGGCAUGCGCAUAACUCUCCGUCAGACUUCUCCCGAAUCCGAAAGCAUCUAUGACUUCAUAAUUGAGCUCUAUAAGGCAUCUAAUGGCGACUGGAAAUCACUCCAGACGAAGGCAGGCAUCAGUGACGAGGAAUUGAAGUACUUCCUCGAGUACGCUACCAUGUUUUUAGGCAAUUGCGGAAAUUAUAAGUCUUUCGGAGACUCAAAGUUCGUCCCACGAGGUGAUGAGAAAGCUUUCGAUGCCCUCGCUGCUGUCUACCCAAAAACCAACGAGUUCUACAAGGCAACGAAGGGUGCAAUUUUCUCAAGUGGUAAUUCCGGCAUGAUGCACUUGGGAUAUCCGGACGAAGGUCACCUGUCAACGUAUUACCCAGAUUCUAAGGGAAUUACCAAGACAGAUAUUAGUGCUGUCUCGGACUUCUUAGAGAAGAAGGGCCUCCUUGUGGAGAACACCAGACUGAGGAAAAAUCCUGACCGUAGCUUCGACGUGUUGAUUGCUGCAGCUGUCACAAAUGUCCCCACUGCAGGUGGAGAUAUCGGGAAGGAAACUGAGUUCGAGAUCGACGAUGGUUCGCUGAAAGGACAUAAAUUGAGACUGGUCUACGGUGAUUACUCUAGUAUCAUGAGUCUCAUCGCUGGCUACCAUAAGAAAGCUGCCGAGAAUGCCGAGAAUGAUAACCAGAAGAACAUGCAGCUCGCCUAUGCUAAGUCUUUCGAGGAAGGUUCUCUGGAAGCUUUCAAGAACUCGCAGCGAUUCUGGAUUCGGGAUAAGAGACCUAUGGUUGAGUCGAACAUCGGCUUUGUUGAGACUUACAGAGAUCCUCAUGGAGUGAGAGGAGAGUGGGAAGGCUUUGUUGCAACGGUCAAUCUGGAGCGCACGAAAGCGUUCGGCUCCCUAGUCGACGCAGCCGAAGCCAUGAUUCCAAAAUUGCCAUGGUCCAAGGACUUCGAGAAAGACAAAUUCUUGAGCCCAGACUUUACCAGCCUGGAAGUCUUGUCAUUCGGAUGCUCUGGGCUUCCAGCGGGCAUUAAUAUCCCAAAUUACGAUGAUAUUCGACAGACGGAGGGCUUCAAAAACGUUUCAUUGGGCAAUGUUCUCAGUGCCAAAGCUCCGAAUGAGAAGAUCCCAUUCAUCUCUGAAGCUGACCUCGCGGUUUUUCAGAAAUAUCGUGAUUCCGCCUUCGAGGUCCAGGUCGGGAUUCAUGAACUCCUUGGCCAUGGAACAGGUAAACUGCUUCAAGAGACUGAGACCGGUGUCUAUAAUUUCGAUAUAAAUUGUCCGCCCAUCAGUCCAAUAACUAACAGGCCGGUCACUACUUACUACAAACCUGGCCAGACGUGGGGCUCUGUAUUUGGAAGUAUAGCAGCAAGUUAUGAAGAAUGCCGAGCCGAGUGCGUUGCGAUGGCAUUGGCUUGUGAUUUUUCUAUAUUGAAAAUCUUCGGUUUCGGGGAUGGGAAGCCAGAUAUGGAUGGUGAAGCAGGAGAUGUGCUGUACGCGGCAUACCUAUCAAUGGCGCGAGCUGGGAUCGCAUCAAUGGAGAUGUUCGAUCCCAGUAAAGGGAAAUGGGGCCAAGCUCACUCCCAAGCGCGAUUUUCCAUCUUGAAGUGUUUCCUCGACGCUCCAGACGACUUUUGCAAGCUGGAUUACAAAAAUGAAGACCUUUCAGACUUGAUGAUAAAGCUUGAUCGAAGCAAAAUCACUACUGUAGGACGGAAAGCUGUUGAAGCUUAUCUGCAGAAGCUCCACAUUUACAAGUCUACUGCAGAUGUCGAGGAAGGCACGAAGCUGUAUGCUGACAUGACUUAUGUUGAGCCCGAGUUCUGGGGCCAGAAGGUCAGGCAUGAAGUCCUCAGGAACAAGCAGCCACGGAAGGUCUUCGUACAGACGAACACUGUACUUGAUGAAGCCACGGGCAAGGUAGCAUUGGUGGAAUAUGAACCAAGCUUGGAGGGAAUGAUCAAAAGCUUUGCUGAGCGGAAUAUUUAG